AUGAGUCUCCUUUUGCUGUAUCCUGAACAGCCUUUACCCGGUCACCUCAAGCCCGACUGCUGGCCCUUCGGACGCGUAACAGCUCUGAAGCCCAAACCUCGAGCGGUUCAAUCUUCUCAAGGCCGAUCCAUCAGGUCCUAG